UUAACGGAGCAUGACCUGGAUUUUGGUACUGAAUGUUUACAUCUGGCUUUGGACUAUGUUGGAACGAGAGCUAAGCUGAUUGAUACAGAGGGCGAUGUUUGGAAGGUGACUUAUAAGAAAGACUUGUAUGCUGCUGAAGGCAUUGCUAAAGAAAAAAACAUCCGUAUUGCGUUGAUUUCUUCAAAGCCAAACCUUGUUAUGCAAGAUAUAAAGGACGAAUUAGAACAAAAGAAUUUAACGAUAGUGAGUGUUUGCAGCAAUCUAUCAGAUGUCUCCAGUGCAGUCAAUGCCAUUGUACUUGACCUAUUCACAUUACCAAGUCAAAAUAGUCAUUGUCUUGUUAAAGAAACUUACAAGAAACUACAAAAUCAGUGUAAAAAUGGUGGAUCACUUGUUGUCAUGGCUCAACAUGGUAACGGAGAUGAUGUAUUGCAGCAAUACCAGCUUUAUCACAGUAUGUGCAAAAAGUUGGCCACCGAGGGCAUAGUUCAUGGUGUUUGUAUCAAUACAGUAUUUAUAACAACACAACAGGAUUAUGCAGAUGAUCGCAGUUUACUCUGUAAAGUUGUGACCAUGGUGACAGACUUGAUCUUUCACAGAAAUCUUGUAUUUAGUGGACAGGUUUUCCAGCUUCCCUGAAUGGUUCUCCAAACUCAACUCUAGAGCACAGUUACAUCGCAUAUAUUUUUAUAGCUACUUGUAUUUAUUUCAACAAUUAAAUUAUAUUAA